GAGAGCCACGCAAACUCGCUCAGCGAGGCUAUUAAAGAGACCUGUAGUUGAGCGCAGGCCAACAGUCGUGCGCCGGCGGAUCCCUUGCUUGCAACCAGCAUGGCUCCUCUGCUCUACACACUCGCCCUUUUGCUCACUCGGGCCCUCGCAGCACCAGGUGUCACUUCCAGUACAACUCCGCUUCCAGAAAAUGUUUGCGGAAUGCCUUUGGAGACGGGCCGGUGCGACGCCAUCAAACACAGAUUCGCCUUUGACGCGGCGAAGAACGAGUGCGUCUCGUUUGUGUAUGGAGGGUGCGGCGGGAACGGCAACAACUUUGUUUCCCUGGCCGAUUGUCAGGCGGCGUGUCCGAAAAAGACGUCCCUGGCAGCAGCGCCCACCGCAGCCGUGAAGCCCGUCACGCAGGAGGAAAUGCCCCAAGCGGAUCAACCACCGACACCAGCUGCGCGAGCGACCUGCGCCGCUUGUCCGAACGAGGCGUAUCUGACGCAUUACCAGGAGCUCGGUUGCCAGCCGAUUUUCUCCGAGGACAACAAAUGCUGCGCCGUGAGAUACAAUUGUGGAAACAGGGCUUUGCAGAGCAAGGACAAAUGCUACCACGAGGGCAAGGCCUACGAAAUUGGAUCGGAAAUCCCUAACGACGCAACCCCCAGCUGCCUGGUGCACUGCAGAUGCACGCAAACUGAAUUUGACAAGGCGCCGCGAAUGAACUGCAUCAGUAUUGAGUGCCCUAUGAGCUGUUUGAAGGACCGCUUUCUGAUAGCAACUGUAUCAGGCAAUACAGUCGAAGCAAAUGCUGCUCCCAGAACACCUACUGUGCUCCAGCUGGCUCCACUCUAGAAUCUGCCACCAAUGUUGCCCACUGCAGUUAUGAUGGCCAAAGUUAUGUUGAGGGAGAGAAGUUUUAUCCAGAAAAAGAGCCCUGUCUUGUUUGCAUUUGUCAAAAAGGAUUUAACGGAACCCUCAGUGAGCCGCACUGCCAGAGGGCCAAGUGCAACAUUGAGCUGCAUUACAGUCAUUAUCUAAGGCGCCAGUGUGUGCCAAUUUACUACAAGGACAGGUGCUGCCCUAUCGACUGGAGUUGCC